AUGAUCGAUAAUAAUAAAGAGGUUAUAAAAGAGGGCAUUGGAUUCCAGAAAUUAGCCUCGACAACAUUUAAACGUACGUCGAAUGGGCUAAUUUGUUCUGAUGAACUGAGGAAAGUUUUCUCAGUGCUACUCAUAUGUCUCAAUUUGAAGGAACGGCCGUCGCCGAAUCGCAUGAAAAUGUUUUCUAACUUGCACCGACACCACUCGUUUACGUUUUAUAUGAAAGAGGCAAUCGACACUAUGGCCAGUUUCAAGCUGAACGUCAAUCUGAAUAUCACAAGUGUUACCGUUUCGUACGCCAUCCAUAGCGAGCUUGCGACGUGCUUGCUAGCGACUUUCAUGGACGCCAAACUUAUACACGCCCCUGGAGACAGGACUAGAGUUACACCUAAGGACAAGGUUCUUCUGCAGCCUACCCCCAAGGGGGUCGCUAUUUUGAUGAAGUUUGUUCGCCAAAUUGGACUUAAGGAACUGCCACCGAUUUUGACGUCUCCUUUGAACUCCAUGGAACUGUUUUCAUUUGAGCGAAGCGCAAUGACUGACGCCAUUAUUCACAGCGACUACUUCGUUUCAUUAUUGUUUUCCAAAUUAAUGGGUGAUACGCCCAAUGAGUGGUCUCCGUCAAAGAAAAGCGACAAAUUACCGUCUCUGAGUCAGCUCAUAGAAUGUGAUGAUGAAAGUUUUACUUUUGAAAGUUUCGAUUUACCGAGAAAUGGCCUUACCGUUGACAGUUCCAAUACUCGCAGAUCUCCAACUUCACCACCUAAUCACGAUGAGACGAGAGAGUCACCUUUGGCGCACAGAUUUUUUACCAAUCCGGAUUCAACCGCACAUGUUCAAUAUUACGUCUCCAGUAGCGGGCUUAGACUUUUGGGCUCAAAGACUGUUGGUGGUGACGUGGUGGAUGUCUUGUUUACGACGAAGGCAAUGUGGCAAUGGCUCAUGGAUUGCACUGAUAUUAUGUAUCCAAGAGAGGCAGUAACUGUCAUGUCACUUUUCCUGAGAAACGGACUCAUCCGCCCAAUCUACUCAAUAAAUACUGAGAAUUACCGCGGGAAAUUUUCGAUAGGCUCCAAAUGUUUUUACACGUUGACUGAAUCAGGAUUUGAGACACUGGGCUGGAAACAAAUGAACAAACUUAAAAAAAAUCGCAGAAGUCUUUACGGUCUUAGUGCGCAAACUUCUUUUAUCAGUCUCGCUGAUUCCGCUACCCUCAUGAAAAAGAAAGCCUGUGAGCUGAAAGAAUUCAACGAUGUGACGAUACUUAAACAAACAGUGGCCUACGUAGAUCUCAGUCACAUUCUCAAAGAUCCAGGCAUGCGACACCUGUUCAGGAACCAUUUGGAAAGCGAAUACUGCGCGGAAAACUUAGACGUUUACUUCGAGAUCAAAAAGUUUUUGAAAAGAAUGACGAUCCUGAAAGAUCUGAUGGAUUUGAAAUCACAUAGGUCUCAAGAUAAGCGAAGGGUAUCCAGGGCUAGACAGUUCAAUGACAUUAUCGUGAUUACGACAAAUUCAGCUCUUCUCAAGCAAGCCAACGAAUGUUUGGAGAUAGCAUAUCAAAUAUUUUCUUCUUAUAUCACAGUCGGGGCCCCGUUUCAGCUGAACAUUGAUCAUUGUCUGAGAGAGUCCAUCACUGAGGUGGUUCUAAACCCACAGCCGUGCUUGUAUACCAAGGGCGCGGCGAAUUCGGGAAGGAUAGAAUGCACUGCUGUGAAGAAUGACAACGACGAAUUCCAUGCAUCGUCGUGCGACGAAACAGAGGCAAAAAGUGUAGCCCUCCAAGCAAUCAGCGGACCCGCUAAUGUAAGCAGCUUUUCGUCGGAUACUUGCCAGUCGUACCAACAUGGGGGAAGCGCGGAAGAAACACUCACGGGCAUUCUUAAAACUUUGAGACAGCUUUACCCUCUUUUUGAAAGUGUAGGGCGACGAAUCUACCGUCUUAUGAAGGUUGAUUCUUUACCCAAGUUUACCAAGUCAGAGGCAUUCCAAGCCGCUGCUUCAACGCUUAAUCUCGAUAGCACCUUAGCAUAA